AUGUUUAUUCGUAAGAAACUCACGCAUCCCCUGAACAUACAUAGCUGUACACUGAGUCUCUUCUGUUUUUCUCUCUUUUUUCUCUCUCUUUUCUCCUUCUCUCUUUUCCCUCUCUCCUCUCUCUUCGUUUCUUCUUUCUGUUUGUUAGCUGUCUCUUCUCUCUCAUCACGUUCUUUUCUCUCCCUCUCUCGUCUCUCUAUUUGUCUCAAUUCUCAGCCUUUCUCUCUCUCUCUCUCUCUCUCUCUCUCUCCUUGUUCUUUUCUCUCGUCUCUUCCUAUUUUAUCAGUUUUAUCUUUCUCUUUUCUCCUUCUCCUCUCUCUUUUCUCUCACUCCUCUCUCUUCUCUCGAUCUUUUCUCUCUCUUUUUCUUCGCUCUCUUUUCUCAGAGAACAAAGAGAGAGAGAGAAGAGAGCAAAGUUUCCUCUCAUUCUUUUCUCUUUCUUUUUCCCUCUAA